AAAUUAUAAAGCUGGUCUAUCCCUCCGCUGGAAUGACUUGGCUGUCGGUUCAUUAUAAUUACCGCCGGUCAGAACGCACGAGGACAGCGGACUCGGCCAAUACCCACAUCUCCGACUGAAACCUCUCCGGUGAUUAACCGGGUUUGCACGACUCACGCGAUAGACAGCCAUCAUGUCUGAAGUGGUUCCCUCCUUUGCUGGCCUCUCUGGUCAGAGACUACUUGUGGCUAUCACCUUUGCUGCCACAAUGGGUUUUCUCCUAUUUGGUUAUGAUCAGGGCGUAAUGAGUGGUAUCAUCGAUGCGAAACCGUUCAACGAUGUCUUCACUGCCACCAGGAAUGACUCAACCAUGCAGGGUGUGGUCACUGCUAUUUACGAGCUUGGUUGUCUGGGGGGUGCUCUCUUUAUCCUUGCCUGUGGAGACUGGCUAGGCCGUCGCUGGUCCAUCAUGUUAGGCGCCACCGUCAUGCUCAUCGGGGUGGUCUUGCAGGUCACUUCAUUCCCGAACCACCUCCCCCUGGCCCAGUUCUGUAUCGGUCGUGUGGUCACUGGCAUUGGAAAUGGCAUGAACACCUCGACGAUACCUACUUACCAAGCCGAAUGCUCGCGUACCUCCAAUCGCGGUCUGCUCAUCUGCAUUGAAGGCAGCACUGUUGCCAUUGGAACUCUUAUAUCCUACUGGGUGAACUUUGGCUCCAUGUACGGUCCACCGGACCUCACUUGGCGGUUCCCCAUUGCUUUCCAGUGUGUGUUCGGUCUCAUCAUCAUCGGCGCUCUGUGGUUCCUUCCCGAGUCCCCACGCUGGCUCUUCACCCAAGAGCGAUACGAGGAGGGCGAAUCGGUCAUCGCUGCCCUCCAGGGCAAGCCAGUCAACCAUCACGACGUGCAGCUGCAGAAGAACAUUAUCAUGGACUCGCUACGUGCUUCGGGCAUGAUGGGUGGCGGCAGCACGCCCCUAUCGGCGGUGUUCACCGGCGGCAAGACGCAGCACUGUCGCCGCAUGUUGUUGGGCGCGUCAUCGCAAUUCUUCCAGCAAAUCGGCGGCUGCAACGCAGUCAUAUAUUACCUCCCCGUGCUGUUCAAAAAGUCGCUUGGUCAGACCGAGUUCUUGUCCAUGAUCCUGGGUGGCGUCAACAUGAUCGUGUACUCGAUCUUCGCCUGCUCGUCCUGGUUUCUGAUCUCCUACGUGGGCCGACGCCGCCUCUUCCUGGUGGGAGCCGCCGUCCAAAGCCUGUCCAUGGUGCUCACAUUUGCCUGCUUAAUUCCCGGGGGCACAGAACCGGCCAAGGGCGCUGCUGUGGGCUUGUUCACCUUCAUCGCGGCAUUUGGAGCUACCUGGCUACCCCUACCGUGGCUGUAUCCGGCGGAGAUCUCCCCAAUCAAAACACGAGCCAAGGCGAAUGCCAUCUCGACGUGCACCAACUGGACCUUCAACUUUCUCAUCGUUAUGGUGACGCCUAUCAUGAUCCGCGACAUUAGCUGGGGGACGUACCUUUUUUUCGGCGCCAUCAAUGCAAGCUUCGUGCCGUUCAUUUACUUCCUGUACCCGGAGACAGCGGGCCGCAGUUUGGAAGAGAUUGACCUGAUCUUUGCUAAGGGGUACUUGGAAAAAAUGAGCUACGUUCGCGCAGCGAAGGAGCUGCCGCAAUUGUCGGAUGAAGAAAUCGAACGCGUCGCCCUGGAAUUUGGGUUUGGCGGGUCUGGUAGCGAGACAACGGCCAAGGCCGGUGGUGACAGCAGUACGGAGUCGAACGGGGGGUCAGGGGAGGCCGAUAAGGUUUAG